AUGGGAGAUGAAAGGAUAUGCCUUGUUAAUGAGGAGUCGCGCCAAAGUUAUGGCUCAUUCCCUACAAGUGAACGCGGAAAGAGUUUGUACUAUCAUCACAUAACACCAGAAUGCCAAAGCUUGCUCGAAAAGCGCCAAAAGUGGCUGGUUACGGCCGUGGUGCUGUGCAUGUUCAUAGUAAUGGUUGCAACAAUAUUAUGGGGCAUGCCCACCCUCCUGGCCAGAUUCCUGCCAACAGCUUCCGCUGAAACAAAUCUGCCUCCGUUUGACUCCAAGGAGGAAAUCUACACCCAAGCAGCCCUAAGUGCCGAUUCACUUGUCUGUUCAUCAGUUGGCAGAUCGGUUCUCCAGACGGAAGGAUUCGUUGUGGAUGCAGCGAUUGCAGUGCUCCUGUGUCACGGGCUCUCUGGCCCACAUGACAGUGGUUUGGGAGGGAGCCUCAUCAUGGUGGUGUGCCAGAGAUCAAGUCGCAAUGAUUUUGCUCAGGAUACUCUCACACCUGCCUCCAGAGUUGUGUUUCAACACGACGCUAGGAGAUCCGGGAGAUUCUUGGUCUCUGUUCCUGGAGAACUUAUCGCCAUGAGGGAGGAACACAAGAAGUUUGGGUUACUGCCACGGUCGGAAUUAGUGGAGACUUCGAUUCGACUGUGUGAACGAAGAGCUGUGGUGGCAGAUAACGUGUCGAUGUUUCGUCGUAAAUUCCAGGACUUGGCCUUCGCUGCUCAGACAUCAAGGUGGAGCAAAGUGGUGACCAUGACUUUGCAGUUGGGAAGGCAGCAACUAAACACGUGCAGCAUGCCACCCCUCAGCAGAGGGAUAAUUGCUUUACACAUCCUCAGCAUAUUGGAGUGUUGCAGAAUGAGCUCUCACUCUUGUGGCACUGUCUCAAAAGAGGUGACGAUGAUGUACAGCCUAGGGACUGCUCCCAUGAGAUCCAGAGAAUUGGACUGUUAUUCAGGAACAAACAGAAGUUCUGGGGCAACAACACGUUGUGCAACAGGUAACCAAUAGCUGGUCAUCAUUCAUUAAUGCUACAGAAGAAAGAGCAGAUGGUUUGAAUAUUGCAAAUUCUGAUUUCCAGAAGGGUGGUACAGUUGCUUGAAGAGACUUUUUUAAUCAGUUAAUAAAACUGUGCUUUCCAAAUAAUACAAUAACAGGAGCAUGAUUAAUACACUACAAAACCCACAUAUAAAAUCUUACAAACAUCUUGAGCAGAAGAAUAUACCUAUAGAUCUUAGAUUUACACAUGUUAGGAAAUUUGGUAAUUAAAUUUACAGUUAUCUGUAAUUUAUAUUUGUGAUUUUUUUUUGUGGGGGAAAACCUCCAGAUAAGGAAUGUUGCUUUGGAUAUAUUGAAUAAGCAGCCAACAAAGGGUGAUCCUCCAACUUUGGGUUGGGUAGGGAGUUAACAACUUCUUGCUCUAAAAACCAGCAUGAUACAAAUGAAAAGACCCAACAGUAAUGAACCAUCAGGUUCCAAAGAAUUUCUUCAUUAGGUGAGCGACUUCUAGUUUCUCAAGAAAGACUAGGUUUCUUGAUGUUACAUAGUUACUUGUAUUUAGUUUUAAUGUUUUAUGGAUACUAAGGAAAUCUAUAAUUCAGUUAGGAGAGUUCGGAAUAUUAUAAUGACCGCAGUUCCUGAACAACUUUAAUAACUAAUAUUAUCACUGAUGAGAUUUAUCCAAAUGAUCUAAGUUACCAAACUUUACAAAUGUCAUUAUGAUUUGAGUUAUCAUUCAGCUGAUCAUGUAGUCAAGCAGUCAUUUUAAACUGACUAAGCUUUUAGACUUUUCACAUAAGAUUGAUGCUCUGAUUACAUAAUCUGUUACCAUGGUUAUGAAACCAUUUUUCUUAGUAGUCUGAUUUAGAAGAAGCACAGGUGAGUUAAAUAAGAGAUGAGAUUUACACAAGGCAUUUCAUUGAAGAGAUCACUCUUUGAACUAGCUAAGGUUUAUCCAGAGAGGCCAAACCUUAAUCAGAAAGAACCUCAGAUUAUAGGUCUGCUCUUGUGGAUUACUGAGCACUAGUGGUUUGUGCAUAAAUGUAUGUUGUGAGAAAACUAUAAGAACUACAUAAAUAUGGCAAGCUAAACCACCAUCACUAUCUGGUCACAGUGCUACUCAGUCAUUCAUUAUACACGUAGUUUCAAUAAGAAAAUGCCAUUACCAACAUCAUGGUACCUAGUUUAACAGUUGAUUUGUUUCCACAAGCUCUUAGGCUGUUGUGGCACCUGCUGUGCUUACCACAACAAAUUAUGGAAACUAGUCUACUCCUAAAUUGGAUAUCCUGGAUUUAAUUUGGCAUGUGUUUCCUAAAUCAACAGAAAGCAUUUUGUUCCAUAUUUAACACACUGGAAAAAUGUUUCAGUAAGCUUGUAUCCUUAAUGAAAUAUGUUUUGCUUUACAUAAAAAUUCCCUUUUAUGAUGAGCUGUUAGAAAGAGACUCAACAGAUUCUGAUAAAUGCAAAAGUUAAAUUUGGUUAACUUACUGCCAGACCACAGAUUUAACUGAAAUUCAGUGAGUGAUUUGUAAGAGAAAAUAUGGGGAUGCUGAUGAAGUGAAUCUACUAGGUGGUAAUAUAGAUACCAUAAAGAAAAACACACAAACUUUAAUUGAUGCUAGUAAGGAGGUUGUGUGGGGCUCUCUUGUCAACGUGUGUAGUCUUGUCAUUACUCCGAUGACAACCCACUUCUUUGGAACAAUUUGUUGGCCCUGAAAAGGACCGUGGCU